CUGAGCUCCAUCCUGGCUCUUAAAGGGCCCCUUGCAUCCUCUUCCUCAAAGGCGUCCCUUCCUCCUGACCUGUGAUGGCACCCAAAACGGCACCCAAAACGGCACCCAAAACAGCACCCAAAAAGAAAGGCGGGCGCAAGAAGGAGGAGGCCCCCAAAGAGCCGGACUUCGAUGAAGCCAUCGUGCCCGAACACAGCCGGGAGUUUUACUUGAUCCAGAUCCGGGAUCUGGAGAAGCGAUUAGCCAGGUACCAGAAGAAAUGGGACGAGUUGCAAGUCAGCGAGGAGCUCUUCCGCACCGAAUACGAGAAGAUGAUCGCCGACAACAAGGAGAUUGUGUCCUUCCUGAAGAAGACGCUCAACCAGCGGGUGGACGAGAUCGCGGACCUCACCCUCCAACUGCAGAACCUGCAACAGGCCAAGGACAUGGAGAAGGACGCCUUUGAGGCCCAGCUGGCCCAGCUGCGGCACGAGUUCCAGGAGACCAAGGACGUCCUCACCACGGAGAACAUGACGCUCAGUGCCAAGUUGGCGGCUUUGGAGGAAUUUCGCAUCCAGAAAGACGAGAUCAUGGCCAGGUUUGCCGACCUUGAGGGCCAGCUGACGAAGCAGGAGGAGGACCACAAGGCCACUGUUUACAACAUGGAGAAGAAAGCGGUGAUCGACAAAGAAAGGCUGAAGAAAGACAUGCUGCACCGAGUGAAUGCCGUGGCGGCUGAAUUCCGGAAAGUCUCCAACAACCAGAUGGCGGAGACCACCAAGCGCACCAUCCGGGAGAACGUGGCCAUCAGCAUCCAGCUGACCAAGAUCACAGAGCAGAGCCUCCAGCUCAUCCAGGAGAACGACCGGCUGAAGGAGGCCCACGCCGAAGCCCUGAAGCAGCUGAAGUUGCUGGAGCAGAACGAGAAGCUCAUGGCCAGGAACAGCGUCAGCAACCACAAGGUGAUCUGGAUGCUCACCAACAAAUGCAAAGAGCUGCAGGCCCAAGUGGACGAAUACGUGCAAAUGAAGAAGGUCGUGGCCCAAACCCAGGAGAGCAAUGAAAGGCUCGAGGAGCUGAAUGCGGCACUCCGAGAGGAGCUGAACACUCUGAAAGCCAACAUCAUGCGGAAGCACUCUGAGCAUCAGGACCAAGCCAAGGCCUUCCAAGACGAGCACGAGCGGAGGAUGUUUGCGGAGAGAGUGCUGCGGCAUAUGGCCGCCGGGCUGAAGGAGAUCUUGGCGCAACGGCCGUCCGAUGAGGAUGAAGAUGGUGGCUUGGGUGUAAUCUUCCACGUGCGCCGCAACGACGCUCUGCAGGGCAUCCUGAAGCUUUUGAACCGAAGCAUUGCGCGCAUCGAGGCCAAGGAGAUGCUCCGGCCUCUCACGGAAGAGAACAAGAUGGUCAGGUUGUCCGUCGACAUGGAUGACAGUCCUCGCACAGGAGUGCACCUCAAGCCUGCCCACCUGAUGUCGCAUUACGAUGUCUCCAGAAUCCCAAAGCCUCGCCCCGCUCACAGUAUGCCCUCCAUGAGCACCGUGGUCCGGAGCCGGGUCGACACCCUACGCCCCUAUGCCAGCGCCACAGAGCCUUUGGUGACGGCAUGGAGGACUCCGGUGAAGGAGGAGGCUCUUUCGCCAAAGGAAACAGCGGCACAGGAGGAACCCAUUCAGCAGGAGGAAGUGGUAGCCCAACAGGCACCGGAUGAGGAGUAGGAGAUUGAGCCCAACUUGACUUUGGGGAGGAGCCUUUAAGCCCUUU